CAUACUUGAGUCGCACGAAGUUGCAACUUAAAAAUGCAGAUGCAAGCAAACCGUUCGUCGCUGCGUGCGUCGCCCGUCCGGGGUCUGGGCGCGCGCCCGCUGCUGCGCGCGCUGCCCGCUGGCCGCGUGGCCCGGCUGAAUGUUUCCGCUCAGGCCAAGGACCCCAACGCGCCGAUCCAGUCGAACCCUCUGGGCACACUGAGCUCGCAGUCGGGUCAGGUCGCGACGCUCCCUCGCAGCGAGGAGGCGCGCAAGUACUUCCGCACGGUGUACGACUUCCCGCAGUGGCAGAAGCACCGCAGCAGCUACCGCUUCGCUGAGCGCCUGUUCCAGCUGUCGCAGUCCCACAUCCUCCAGAACGCGCUGCCCGCCAUCUCCUGGGUGACCCUGGUCGCCACGCUGGUUGCCUCGUACGGCUACUCGUACGACCAGCACAUGCUGCCCGACGUCUUCCCCUCCAUCUCCCCCAACGCCUCCUGCACCGCCUUCAUCUCCAACACCAGCGUCGCGCUGUCGCUGCUGCUGGUUUUCCGCACCAACUCGUCCUACGGACGGUGGGACGAGGCACGCAAGAUGUGGGGUGGCCUGCUGAACCGCAGCCGUGACAUCAUGCGUCAGGGCGCGACCUGCUUCCCGGAUGACCAGGUGGAGGCCAAGAAGGCCCUGGCCCGCUGGACCGUGGCUUUCUCGCGCGCCCUGCGCAUCCACUUCCAGCCGGAGGUGACGAUUGAGAGCGAGCUGCAGAACAUCCUGACCCCGGCGGAGCUGCAGAUGCUUGCGAAGAGCCAGCACCGCCCCGUGCGCGCCAUCCACGCCAUUAGCCAGAUCAUCCAGUCGGUGCCCAUGAGCUCCAUCCACCAGCAGCAGAUGAGCAACAACCUCACCUUCUUCCACGAUGUGCUGGGAGGCUGCGAGCGCCUGCUGCGCGCCCCCAUCCCCGUGUCCUACACCCGCCACACCGCGCGCUUCCUGUUCGCGUGGCUGACUCUGCUGCCGUUCGCGCUGUACCCCACCACCGGCUGGGGUGUGGUGCCUGUGUGCACGGGCAUUGCCGCCGUGCUGUGUGGCAUUGAGGAGAUUGGCGUGCAGUGCGAGGAGCCCUUCGGCAUCCUUCCCCUGGACGUGAUCUGCAACCGCAUCCAGGCCGACGUCAUGGCCACGCUGAAGGACGACGCGGACACCAAGACCAUCCUGGCGGAGGCCGGACUCAUCAGCCUCAUCCCCUCGGCCACCAGCGCCACCCCCGUCGCCAGCGCUGAGCCCGUGCUGGUGUCCGCGCGCCCCUCCGCCGCGCCCGCUCCCAACAACGGCCUCCAAGUGCGGGUGGCCAUGGGUGGGGAGCGCAAGUAAGCGGCCGUGUGUCACUGGCAAUCGCCUACAUCCGACGAGAGCGUAAUGAGCGAGCCGAGUGGCACGUGCGCCAAGCCAUGCGAGGAGCGUGAAGAGUGUUGUGAUUGCGCCUGCAGGGGGGGGGGGUUGCAAGGCCUGCAGGCGCCGUGUCAAGAGGGGAGGGGAGGAGUACAGCGCAAAGGAGCGGAGCGGCACGAGAGCGUGUGUUGUGGUGUGUGCGAGCAUUGUCUCACCUGAUGUGCUGUGUCGUGAUCCAGUGACUGAAACCUGAGCGUGAGUGAAUUGUUUGUGCAGCGUUAAAUUUGUAGUUUUGCUUGCGCGGUGCGCAGGCCCCCUUUCGGAGCCUGGGUAGCCGUCUCACUGUCUUGCAGACGGAUAUUCGGGCCCCAAAGACUGCAUUUUCCUUAGUGGUGCUAACCUCAUUCCUGUAGCUACGUGUGUAUUUAUAUUUCGGACCUUCAUGAUGUGCUUACGGGGCAGAGCAUGAGUUGCGGCGGGCUAACGCCGCAUGAUGUGGAGUGGCGUUGGGUGUGGCGUAGGGACGUGGGGACGAAUGAUCGUAAGGCCCGCCGGAUUUCCAUUUAAGGCGUUUGAGAACUAGACCGUAAAUUGCUUAUGACUCGGUUGAUGUUCACCUGAAAGUCGCAAAGAUAUGUGCAUCGUAAGAGCGAGCGGUUGACUAUGCCGGGACCUCUGCAGUUCUGUUCUGGUGCAAAGCAGUGCGCGGCACGAGACGGAGCAGAGCCCGACGAAGGGAACUGAUGGGGUAAUCUCGUAAAACUGUAAAUCAUUGCGAUC